AUGGUAUAAAAGCUUUUAAUUAUCAUUUUGUAGAUUGAUUCUGCACAUUAAAAUAGAUACGAAGGUGGUCUUUGUUAUGCACAAUGCAAUGAACUUUUUUCAUUCUGGAAUCCAUCAAUUUAAUAAUGUUGGAAAGGUUGUGAUUUUGGAACUGGAAGAGUAAAUGAUCCUGAAUUGAGAAAAGAAGCAGACUUAAUGUGUAAAAGAUGGACUGCUGAAAUUUUGUGGACUUAUAAAGGAGAACUUGAUAAUAUUAAAGACUUAAGAGUACACGCUGAUAUGUACCCAACAACUCCUCAAAAUGUAUAUAGAGCGUGUCUUGCAGGUGUGCCGUCCUUUUACUGUCGCAACUACAAAAAGUUGUUGAUGUUGGGAAAAUUAUGUUCUUGUUUCAUUACAAGUUUAAUUAGCAAUACUUGA